CAAAACACUUUACUUCAUUGCGAAAAUGUGUGCAUAUUUUUUUGCGAAAAUAUUCAUACUUUGCUGCCUACAAAGAAGUUAAAAGAAAUCGAAAGAAUUUGCAAGAUAUUUGUAUUAACAUUUUAACAGAUGAUAUUGGAUAACAUGGAAAAGAUACACCGAGCGUUGACAGCGAAUAAGAAAGCCGAUUCUUAAUGCUGUCGUGUAUAUUGGUAUGCUGUGUCAUCGUUAGACCAAUCGCGGUAUUGAAACCAGCGACUGGGCGGAGCGUAUUAUGCAAAUCGAGUGUUCGCAAUGCCCAAAACAGAUUUUUGUGUUGAUUUAAGUGCUGGGCUUGUUGAGUUUGUGUGAGUAGUUAAGGGGUAUAUGAUCAGUUGUACCUCCAUAUUUAUCUCAAAAUUACCCGUAAUCAAGUCGGUUGCAAGAAUUGGAGUUAUUAGAUGUAUUAAAGGGAGGACGUCGGAUGACAAAAUUGCUACAGAAUAAUCACAGAGCGAUCAGUGUUUGGGACCUCAUUAAAACAGAUUAGUGACACAAUUGCUUUAACAGCCGGACGGUACGCUAUUUAAUUAAUUAAAGCACAUUUACUGUGAUUGUAAUUGUAAAAGUGCGGAGUGUGUAAAGCGAUAAUUGUGUAGACAUCUCUCUUACCACUGGCCAUGAGAGACAAAACGGCGUGUAACCUCCGUCACAUGGGGGCAUCCUAGUCUUCAUCAUCAUCAGCAGCAAUCGAUCAGCAACCACACUGACCGCGAAGUAUACCUCGUGCUCAUUUUAAUGUUUAACCGUUUUUAUAUUGUUAUCGGCGCAUCUUCGUCCUACGUUUGUCAUUAUACGGAUAACAUCAUGAACAGAAACGUAUAGACGAAAAGACCUGACGUUCUUCGUGCGUUCGUCCAGGGUGUUUUUAUCAUUUUAUUAAGUGUUUUAGUGCUAGCGUAACAGUGGCGUCCGUAUAUUAUAAAGACAUGUUGAACAUUGGUGGUGGCAUUCCGGACGGUAUGGACCCGGAAAUGGCGCACCAGCACCAGAAGUCCGCGUUCAUGGAACUGCAAAACCAGGGAAUGGGCGGUCCGGGGAUGGGACAUCCGGCGUACCCAAUCCGUGGUUCCUACCAGAGCCACCCGCAUAGCGGUCAAUACGACGGCGGGCUCGCCUCACAAGCGUCCCGGGGACUCAGCGGAUAUCCCUUUUCCAUGAACUCUAUGUCGAUGUCUCCGACUUCUUAUAACCACGGUGGUCCCACGCAUCCCUUCUCCAUGCCCCCGUAUCACCAGUCCUCUACGCCGCCCAGAGAAGAUAAGCCCAACAUGGAGGACCUACGCAUGACGAAGGGUAAGAAGAUGCGCAAGCCGCGCACGAUAUACUCCAGUCUCCAGCUUCAGCAGCUCAACCGGCGAUUCCAGCGGACGCAGUACCUGGCACUACCGGAAAGAGCGGAGUUGGCCGCCUCUCUUGGGCUCACUCAGACUCAGGUGAAAAUCUGGUUCCAGAACAGACGCUCAAAGUACAAGAAGAUAAUGAAACAGAGCCCUGGAAGCACGCACAGUCAAAUGAGCGGCGGAAAUCCGGGUUCCGAGACACCGCUUCCGGACCAGGGCUCAUCGCCACCACCGUCGCAUGGCGCUGAGAUGACGCCGACGUCACAACACGGUCAGGUGCCGCCCCACCAACAGCAGCAGCAGCAACAGCACAUGUCCAACAACAACAACCUUCCGAACGGACACCACCAUCCGAUGAUGCCGCCGCAGGCGUCAAGCGUCAGUCCGCAACCGGAAAUGAAGUGGUCCGAUAUGAACAAUAUGAACACUUCCGCUGCCAGUAACGCGUACAUGCCAGGCAUGUCUAUGUCGGGAAUGGCGCCGCACCAUUACGCGUGGUACUCUCACCCGCACCCUCAUCAACAGUCGCUCCUUACCUAAUCACAUUAGAGGCUUUUGUGGAUUGAUUGUUGAUAAAGGUUUGCAAUUAUUGCCAAUGCAAGUUCAUUUGCUUCAAAACUACCACGAUAUUAAGCCGCUUGAAUGUGUGAAAUAUCUGUUACUGCGAAUCGCGGCGUUGUUGGCUCUUAUUUUUGUUUAAAGUUAUCUUGUGAAAAAUUCUCGUGCAUGAACUUGGAAAGACCAACAUGUAACAAAUGUCCCCAAUAAAUGGACACUAUGAACAGGUAGGGUGAUGGCAGGUAAUGCUGCACUUGCAUUCAUUUUUACUUGCUUAAAAAACUAUUGUAUUUAAACCGUUUUGGCGUCAGAAAAAAACGACAAACCACAAGCAACGGUUUUUGACGCAUUGUCAAUAUAAGUUCAGAUGAGAGUGUUGAAUAUUAUGCGUCUAUUGUCUCUGGACGAAGUGAUCUGUAUGCUCAAGCAUUAAUUAAAGUGUUCAAGGCCAAUUGUAUUGCGGCUUAAGUUGUAGACCUGGGACCUUUCAAGGCGCGUUGAACUACGUUGUACUAAUGCAGCGCCAACGUCCCGUCGUGGCCCCAUGAGCCAAAAUAGACCUGAGAAUUUUGUGGCAGUGUGACACGUUAUAUACCGGUACAAGCGUCUCAAGUUUGUUACAUAAUGACGUCAUGUAUGACGUCAUAAAACGUCGAUGAUGCGUGCGUCUGUGCAUGCGUGCAUUUAUUCUAGUUACUAUUUGCAAUUGUUAUGUCCGUGAUGUGAACGUGAAUAUUGUUGGUGUCUUUUGCCAAAAUUAGUAUGGAUAUUGUAAGAUAGUCGAAAUCAAAUUUAUAUGUAUAUAUUUAUUGCACAAUAUUUUUAAUGUUUUAUAUGUUGUAAUGUUACUUCAGAAAUAUAUUGUUUUCUUUUUUAUUUUCAAUGUAUGAUUUUUUUAAGUUAAUUCUUUAUUCACUCCGUGGAGAAAGUGUUAAGUGAUUUUAUUACAAUUUAUACAAUUGGGUCAUUUUAUAAUGCCAACAAUUAUUGGUUUACAUUAAGGCAAAUUUCUGAAAUAAAUUACACUUUACCAGUGCUCAUUUUGUUUCUGUUAAACCUGUUAUGUUAUUCUGCGAUUAUAGAAUAGUUAUAGUUUAACAAUGGCCUCUUCAACUUACAUAUAACUAUUGAUUGUUGUUUUCAUGGAGAUUUCAAAGUUUUACUUUACAGAUUGGUACACAUGUUUAUACUGAGAAUCUAAUUUAUUUGUAUAAAAAGAUAGUCACCAAAUAUUUAAAAAGUUAACAAAUACUCAUUGUGUUUUUUUAUCAACAAAAUAUGCGAUUACUGCUAUGUUAACUUCACCUGAUACAAGAUAUCUUGGUUUGUAUUGUUUGACUUUGGAUUCUCCAUCAAUUGUAUUAUUAUUUUGUGAAACAUUCCUAAGUAAAAACUGUGAAGUGGUAAAACCACUUUGUAUUUAUUAUGAUGUAGAAGAAUGAAAAAUAAAAUAUUGAACAAUU